CUAGUCAGUCGCCAGGUUCGUUGUUCUCGAGUUUCAUUUGGGAAACAGGAAGGGCUGCCUGUCGAGAUGAUUAAACCUCCUCCAGAAGCUUUCCAAUGCCAUAAUAAUCACGAUGUCCGAACGCUACUGUUAUCGCUUUUGUUGUGUACUGGACUAAUCAUCAGUUACCUCCCACAACAUAUUAGGAUUAUCUCAGCCAAAUCAUCUGAAGGGUUCUCCCCGUGGUACUUGCUCCUAGGAGCAACUUCAUCAGCUUCCGGAAUGCUCAAUAUAUUAAUCGUGCAAUGGCCUCUGUUUCGGUGCUGUCGAACUUUGAGCGCUGGGAGUUGUUUUGAAUCUCUCCUCGGCUUUUUACAAGUCACGCUCCAGUGGCUUCUCUUCACCAUCAUAUUGGUACUCUAUCUCAUCUAUUUCCCGAAGCACCUCAAGUACCAAAGAGUCAUACCUGUGUCUUCACCGGACUCCUCAGUAGCAGAAUCUAACUAUGGGGCAGUCCAAGAUCAAGAAAAUGACGAAGAGGAGCCAAAUAAAGCUAAAGUUACAACAACGCCUGAGUGGCGCUUAGCUGUGACUCUUGGUAUCGUUGUAGCUCUUCAUCUUGGGCUUCUUUUACUCCUUUCUCUUGCUCUUUUGGUUUAUCUACCUUCUACCAUACCUCCUCACCCCCUUCUUCGCCUCCUUGCUACCUUUUUGGGCGUGUCUGCCACGAUCCUUGCAAUUCUCCAAUACGCUCCUCAGAUACACAAAACGUAUAAGGCAAGGUUGGUUGGUGCUCUCAGCUUAGGGACGAUGGCUAUUCAAGUACCAGGCAGCGUGCUGUUUGUCCUGAGUUUGGCGUUUAGGCCUGGGACUGAUUGGACAAGCUGGUUGCCCUACGCAGUAACGGGAGCUAUGCAAGGCGCUCUUUUGGUGAUUUGCCUUCUUUGGAAGCGUAGGCAGAAGGCACUUGGGAUUGAUGACUUCGGAAAACCGUUAAUCAAUGCAGAGGAAACCUUUGCAGGGGAACAGAGACAGCUUGUACAGGAACAAUAAGCCAAAGCCGUUGUAAAGGCUUAUUGAACUUCACUCACAUACCCUCUGACGACUGCCAAACGAUUCCAUAUUUGGCGCUGAAGUCUAUUAUGGAAAGAAAUAAUAUAACCCCAAACCUCAACCUGAUUAUGCCAAUAGUUUACAGUAAACUGAACAUUCUUCUUUGCAUUUAGAGCCUCCCAACCUCCAUCCUGAUUCUCUCUUCUGUCGCCUUGACCUUUUCGCUGAAGACUUCCUCACGAGUCUCCUCUUCGGACCUGAUCACAAUCUUCUUCACGACCUCAAUGGCGUUAUGGGAGUCACCAAGCCAGAAGUUGGAAGUCAAAAGACCAGCAGCGAGAGGAACAACACAAGCAAAGAGUAGGGACUUCGAGAUACCAGGCGGUAUCGAGGUAGCUUUUGAUCACCAGGUCACGGUGCUCAGUCACAGCUCGCGCCUUGGCGAUAGAGCCAUAGAUGGUAGCGAGCUGGGUGCUGUUCAUGUACUGCCCAAGGUUGGCUUGGAGAUGCUUGGGAAGUUGGUCGGUCCAAAUCGCAGCGGGAGAUAACAGAGCCGAUAGCACCACCGAUACGAGUCCAUAGAGCCAAAAGAGCCAUGGCGAGGGCCAUGUUUGCAUGGGGAACAGAAGCUUGAGUAGCGAUUUGACUACCGACAAUACUGAGAACGCGCCGCCGCAACUGAUGAGGACAGGGCCCUUCACCAUAUAGGCAUCACUAGA